UAACGAGACACCAGUUUGCACAAAGCAGCUCCCACGGCUUUAUUACUCUAUACCUGGAAUUAAAACUGUAGGCGCAUAUAUAUCUAUAGAGGAUUGCUAAUAUACACGAUGAAACUUGUACUUUUGUUUGUGGUCGCCCUUGCGCUGUCUGCACACGGUGACGAUUCAUCUGAAGAGGAGAGAGAGCCAUACGAUUGCCUCAAGGAUAAGGACUGCGAGGCUACCCCUAGAGGCCCCUUUUCGACCAUCGGCCAACGUGUCUUCUGCUGCAAGGCGGGCGACACCCUCUCUAUCACAGUCAAAGGCGACCACUUCAGCUACUCAAGUGUGUUCUCCAAGCUGGUCAAGAGAGAAGCGCCAACAGAGCCGAAAGAAGCAGACGAUAAGAAUGUGGUCGAUGACGCUAAAGUAGACGACAAGAAUGUGGUCGCUGACGCUAAAGUAGACGACAAGAAUGUGGUCGCUGACGCUAAAGUAGACGACAAGAAUGUGGUCGCUGAUGCUCAAGUAGACGACAAGAAGGUAGUCGCUGAUGCUGACGCAGGCGACAAGAGCAAGGUCGUUGACCCUGACGCCAAAACCGAGACGGACUCCGACGUGCAACGACCAGAAAGUGACGAUGAGGCUCAGGUGGUAUGCAGGUGUAACGAAAAAGAUCUGCAGGAAAAGAUUACGGAUCAAGUCAAAGACACAUUUGGCAAUAUCAGAGAUGGAAUGAAGAACGCCUUCGAGAGAAUAUUUUGAAUCUGACGUUUGAUGUAUUUGUUUUAAAAUAAAGAAUGCCUGAUGUCUCAAAA